AGAUUCGAUCUCUACGCAUAAUCUGAAAUCAUGUUUUGAACAUAAGAAAUUUAGAAAUGGUGUUUAAUCAAUUUCGCACUUAGUCUGAAAAGAAAAUUAAUUAAUAAUCACUUUGUACCGACCAUGGCGGACUGAUUGGAUUUCGAAAGCAUUUUGUCAUAGUGCCUAAUAUGACGAAAGUGUAUUUUAUUAUUAGUUUCUUUGUUUUUAUUUCUGUGCUACCAACACGAUCAGAAUCCAAACAACUACUUAGAAAACAGAUUAAAAAAACCCCAGGCAGAGACGCAUUACUAUACAUCCUCAAUGACGUAUUAAGAAGCAAAAACGAUGACAAUUCAUCACCAAGAAAAUUCAAGAAGCCAGCGAAAAGAACUGCAUUUUGCGAAACGAAAGUAGAUUUAAUAGAAAAUGAUAAUAAGAAAAUUAAAUGGAAGAAAUAUGCUGACGAUAAUAUAAACUUAAGGGAGGGGAAUAUUAUACACAACUAUUUUGACCUGAAAGAUACUAGCAGAGACCAACUUAAGAAUUUAAAAAAUACGAUAUUAAACAUGAAAAUACUAGAAAUUAAUAAUAGACAUAAUGGGUACACUGGGCCUAUUGUUAUACCCGGGUUGGGAUAAGGGUAUUUAACUAAAUCUAAACUAAUAUUAUAAAGCUGAAGAGUUUGUUUGUUUGAACG